AUGUCUGCAACUGAGUCCCCAUACGCCGUAACAGAGCGCCUUACACGACGAGCUUCUGAUAAGUUUAAUAAGCUGAAAAUCAUUCUUAGAAUGAAGUCGUGGUCACCUACUCGCGAGAGAAAGCAAAUGGAGGAAUCGGGCCGUUGCUACUUGAUGGAACUUCCCACCGAACUACUACUGGAGAUUCUGUCCCACCUCACUUUGAUUCCUGAGGCUGCAUUUGCCCUAACAUGUAAGCGCAUGUUUGCGAUCUCUGGAUCAAUACUCUCAUCCAAGUCUCUUCGCUUCACUAGAGAUUUCGCACCACUAUUUCACCAUUAUCGCGAUGGUCACAACUUUGCAACUCCGCGAUGGCAGUUCAUCCGUCUGUUGGAAAAUUUCCGUUGGAGUGCUUGUUCCAAGUGUUUAAAACUCCACCCGCGGGCUGCUUUCUCUUCUCGGGAACUCAAACACAAGACAGCUGAUGACCGCACAUGUAACGUAGGCGCACUGGCUGGCAUCGUUGACUUGUGUCCCUGCAAGAAAUUGACUUUCCAAGACAAACUGAAUCUCGCAAAUGAUCUAAGAGUGAGGAAGAUCUCGUUGGGUGCCCUAAAGUCUGAGUUUGGUGGUAUGGUCAACCAUCGUUACUGCUGGCAUUCAUGCACCGAACAGUAUGGGCCUACCAAACUGAAAGUUUCCUUAUACCCGGAACUAAACGAGGAGGAUCAGGUCGUCAUGAGAACAGAGUAUCAACUCACCACGGAGUCAGGUCAAAUCGGCAAAGAAGAGUUUAUGACCCCACGCUUUGGCUGUGCGCAUCGAUCAGUCGAUCUCUGGGUCUCAGCUGCCUACCAAACCACUAUUUGUCAACUCUACGACUCUUGUUGCUUAUCGUGCAAGCGUAUCACUGUUUGUGGUGCUUGCAAUACAUCUCUGAAAUGCCCUCGAAAACAACCUUUCAAUUCAGUGAUAUCAGGAAGGUCCACAUAUUCCUUCUGGACCCAGCGGUGUCUGGGAGGUACUGGCCCUGUACCUGACGCCACCUGGGCAGCUCAGCGAAUCCACCCUGCAGAAAAGACCAUUGGAGUGGACAACUGCAAUGAACUCUGUCCAUGGACAGUUCGAGAACAUCCGCCGCUCACAUUUACGCCUAAUAUCAGUGAAACAGUCAUUCAGCCAGCUAUGAACGAGCAGUCGAUCAACUCACUAUACACAUCUAUACGUAUGUUAUAA